UAAUGGCCCUAAACCUCCUCCAAGCCAAUAUCAACCACUCCGCCAGAGCUCAGGACCUCCUGUUCCAGAGCAUGGCGGAGUGGAAAAUACAUGUGGCGGUAGUGGCUGAGCCCUACCGGGUCCCGUCUGGGGACGAAUGGGUGGGGGACUUGGACGGGCUAGUGGCCAUAACGUCCCGGUCCAUCGUAGGCUCUCCGGCCUUCGCGGACGUGGUCCGAGGCCGAGGAUACGUGGCGGCCCUCGUCGGCGGCAUCCUGGUGGUCGGGGUGUACUUCUCGCCGAAUCGGAGUCUCGCCGACUUCGAGGGAUUUCUCUCUGAGGUCGGCGUCCUGAUCGGCAGAAGUCGCUCCGCCCGGGUGCUCGUCGCCGGGGACCUCAAUGCCAAGUCCUCGGCCUGGGGCUGCCCAGCCACGGAUCCGCGUGGCCGGGAGCUGGAGGACUGGGCGACGGAGACCGGUCUCGUGGUCCUCAACCGGGGGUCGGUCAACACGUGCGUGCGGCGCCAAGGCGGCUCCAUCGUGGAUGUCGCCUUCGCCGAUGGCGUCCUAGCACGCCGUGUGACGAGGCGCCCAUCAUUGGACGGCGUCCAAUUGAAGGAGGCGAGAGUGCUGCUGGAGCGCGUUCCGAUAGUGGUAUCGAACGCCUCGCAGCAGCGCCUACCUACAUUCAGCGACACGUCGGACUCCGAUGUGUCGCUGAUGGAUAUGGAGGUAGAGCCACCGGAGGACCGAGAAGACCGGCACCCUGGGUACCCCUGGGGAAGCCUUGGUCGGAAACGGUUACGGGACCAAGCCGUCGCACCAGGCGACGCAGAGGCGGGACCCUCGCCCAAACUGGCAGGGACAAAGAAGGGCCGAGGACGGCCACUGACACCCGGCGGGUACUUAGGUUUCGACUUGGCGAAGCGGGAGUUGGCGGAGGCUACCCGACGCCAACGAGAAUGGGAGGCGGAAAACGACCUAGCCGAGGUGACGACGGGGCUGCGGUCGACAAAAGUAGGGGCCCGACUAGCGGAAACCUACACAUCGGAGGAUGAAGAGCUAGGCUCGGCUGAACUUGGCGGUCAAAUAGAGCUUGGCGCAGCGGCCGUGGCGACCGUUUGCGCCAAGUCUAACAACCUCAAAGGGACUGCCAAGAAGGCGCUCAAGGAGGCGGUAGCGCAGAUUCGGGCGGCGUCAAAACUCCUGACGACGCGCAACAUAAAUGAGGAGACAAGGAUUCUGCAAGCGGCUAACUCCCGCCUUCAGGCGGAGAUGGUCGCAUUGAAGAAAGAGGUUGCGGAACUGAAGGCGUGCAUGCUGCAGGUGGGGGCAACACCCAAACCCGCCGCAGCGGCAUGCCCCCAUAACUCGGACGAGGACUUGGAGAACCGGAUCAUAAGCAGGCUCUCGGACCGACUCAACGCUCGCAUAGACGGGCUAGAGCCGCGUCUGAAUCCAGAGCCUCGCUUGCGACCGGCACUGGCUCACGACAGGCGUGAGGCGGAAGCCAGGAGGAAACCCCCGGCAAGCCGCCCACGCCAAACACCGGCUACGACCCAGGCAGAACUGCCUGAAGUGCGCCUCCCUGAACCGGCCCAAUCGGGCUGGAUCAAGGUCGGCGCAAAGGGAAAGGCGAAGGCGUCGACCUCUACAUCGACGCCGGCCGCUUCUUCUUCCUCUUCCACGGCCCCAGCCGCCCAAUCGGGCCAAAAGGCUAAGAAGAAGGCCAAGAAGAAGAAAACGGCCAAAAAACAGGAGACGGUACGUUCCCUCCCGCCGGCGCCUGCAUCCAUGAAGGAUACCAUGGCGUCGGUUGUGAAGAGGGGCCUAAGGGAAAAAGCGCCGGCGCCCAUCAGAUCGGCGCCAAUGCCCAAGAAGAAGGAACAGGAGAAGGCCAAGCCUUCGCCUAAGCUGCGGGCCCCCAAGACCUCGGCAGUCGUGGUGACUGUACAUCCCACGGCUGUGGAGAAGGGGGUCACGUACGCCAAAGCGCUGGCUGAGGCUAGACAAAAGGUAAACCUCAAAGAUUUGGAGAUCGAGAGCGUCCGCUUCAAGCGCGCAGCGACUGGGGCCUCAAUCAUUGAGGUCUCCGGCGCCAAUAGUGCACCGAAGGCGGACCUCCUCGCUGAUAAGCUCCGCGAGGUGUUCGGGAGCGGUGGCGACGUCACCGUCUCCCGACCAACCAAAAUGGCGGAACUGUUGGUGGCGGGGUUGGAUGACUCCGUCACCAAAGAAGAGGUGACAGCAGCGGUCUGCGCCAAAGGCGAUUGCGCGGCAGACCGCGUAAAGGUGGGGUCACUCCGUCAGGAGAGAUCCGGCCUCUUUGCCGUCUGGGUGGCAUGCCCUGUCGAAGCUGCCAAAAGGGUAGUUGAAGGCAAGCUGCUUGUAGGCUGGGUGUCGGCCAGAGUGAAGCUCCUGGAACGCAGGGAGCUUAGGUGCUUCAAGUGCCUUCACUCUGGCCACGUCAAGGCGCGAUGUACUGCGGUGGCCGACCGGGGGCUUCAGUGCUACCGGUGCGGCCAGAUGGGACACCGCGCCGCGGACUGCAAUGCUGCCCCCCACUGCACACUGUGUGCGGAGGCUGGGAAGGCAGCGAACCAUCGCUUGGGGAGCAAGACAUGCUCGGCCCCCAAGAAAAGGAUGGUUAGGAGGAUGUUUGUUGCGAGCAGCGCUGGCUCGCAACAGGCACAAGCACCACCGAGCGGUGUAGAAGCGAUGGAGACUGAAAACACAAUAUCUCAUAAUGACGAGUAA